AUGGGCGAGGAGUACGCGCGCUCGCCAUGCGAGCGCUUCCCGGCGACGGGCGCGUUCAGCGUGGCGCCGCCGGAGCGGCUCAGCCCGCCGCCGCCCGCGCCUCUGCCGGAUCGCUUCUCGGCGUCACCGCGUCGGGUGCGCCGGUGUGCGGAGGCCGAGCGCGCGAGGCGCCCGCGCUACGUGCCGCCGGCGGCUCACGUGCCGGUGGAGCGGUACGUGCCGCGGCCUCCAGCGCCUGUGCGCCCGCCGCCGCCGGUCUAUUGCUCGUUGGCAUGUCGACCGCCGCCGCCUGCGCAGAGGAAAUGCUGCGGACCUGCUUGCCGCGACGACAUCGGUGGUUCUCCGCCUCCAACUCGUUAUGUGGAGUACGUUGGGGCCGCGGCGGCUCGUCGCCUAGCUUGCACUCCGCCGCCGCCGCCUCCGCCCGCGCUACAACUGCCCUGCGAGCCUCAGGAGCCCCCGUGCUGUGUGCAAGCUCGCAGGAGACCGCAGCCUCCGCAUGAUUGGUGA